AGAAGUUGCCGUGCUUUCAUUUCCAUUACUAAAAGAGAGACUUAUCACUUGACAGUAGAGCAGAAAGAGCAAUUGGGUUGAGUCCAUCCUCUAAAACGCAGCGUUCUGAUCUUCUCUCUCCUAUGCACUCCUUCAUCUGAGAAAGUAACUUCUCCCUAAACCUUAUUCAGGAUGACUGCAAAGGUUGACGCUGCAUCUUCAGUUGAACCUCACAGUGUUGAGAUGUCUGGGGCAACUAUUUCAUCUGCACCAUCAACUGGUACUCAAAAGGUCUCUAUGUUUGCUGCUAAGUCUGGAUUUGUUAUACCGAAAAACAAGCUGUCGGGCUCGCUUGUACCCAUCUUCCGUGGAAGUAAAAACCUAGGAGCCAGUGAUGCAGUUAGUGGAGAAAGUAAGAAACAGAUUCAGAGGAAAACAAAAUGGGGCCUUGAUCUGACCCAAGAUGCUUCCGUGAGAAAGGGAAGAGCCUUAGCUUAUCAGACUCGGGUGGAUCAAAUUACACAACAGCUGAAAUCUGGAAUGUCAGAGGCUGAGAAUGAUGAGGACUUACCAUCAGCACCUCAAGAUCCACACCACAACUCCUCUAGGCAUCAAAUUGACAGAGAGGACGUAGAACAGUUGGAACUUGAAAAGCGAGAAGUCAUAGGUGAAAUAAUAAAGUUGAAUCCAAGUUACAAGGCCCCACCUGAUUAUAAACCUUUGUUGAAAGAGGCCACUGUUCCUAUUCCUGUAAGUUUUGUUCUUGUUCUGCAAUAUAUGCAACACUUUUCUUCUGAUGGGAGUGAAGUCCAGGGUGGAUAUGAAAAGUUGUACGUUCAUAUAUCAGCUGACACAUUUGAGAAAAUAGAUGCAGCAGUUGCUGUACUUGUCCUGCUAGUGACUUCUGUAUCCGGAAAUCUGGCAUCAGUUUCUGGUGAUAAUCCUCAUGCUCCUAGUCAAGGCCCGGACACUACCACCCCCAAUAUGAUUCCUACUAUGUUAAACCAGGGAAUUGUGCAACCAGUGGCAGGACCUACACAAACUCCACCAAAUGGGCAGUUUCAGUACCCUGGUCCAUUUUUCUCUACUGGCCCCUCUUCCACUCCAAUGAAUAUACCUGGUUACAUUCCACUAGAUUCUUCAAGACCAAUUUUCAACAAUCCUUCCUAUCAAUCAACAUCACCCUUCAACUCUACACACUUGCCUUCAUUAUUUGGGCCUCCACCAGCUCUUGCUUCCCCUAGACAAAACCCUCCAACACAAGUUUUGCAGCAUUUGUAUAUGGCUCAGACCCGCCCUGGUUAUGUUGGCCCGCCAAGAAAUCUUUCUUUGAUGUCUCCCCAGCCUUCGUCAGUUCAAACUAAUAUUUCAGCUCCACUCACAUUCAUGGGAAACCGACCCCCACCAACAGGCCAACUCUUUAAUAUUGGUCCAUUUGCGCAACAUGUGUCUAAUCAUCCACAUGGACCUUCUGGGAACUCUACUGGAUGGUCAAGCGGAGUACCUGCACCACAACCAGGUGUUGUGUCUAUGCCACCACCUUCAAAUAUAUCAACUGCCAAUAUGGUUUCUUCUGUUGCCUUCCCGCCUGGGCCUUCCACUCUGUUAUCAAGUGCUCCUGUAAACCAUGCAGCACCAAGUUUUACUUCUAUUCCACGGCCUCAAGUGGGAAUUCCUUCUACAUUAGCAGCUUCUAUGCUUCCAACGCCUGCAGUUGCACAACCUAAACCAUUUAUGAGCCCUUUAUCAGGUUCUGUUCCAGCUCAUUCAACAGGACAAGUUACAUCUCUAGCCCCAUCUAUGCAACCAAGAGUGCCAAUUCCUGUUACUGGAAGUGUUCCGAAUUUCACCCCCCCAAAACCUCCAAUGAUGACAGCUCCAAGCCCUGGCGAUUUCACUUUUCAGCCUCACCGGCCACCGAAUCCAUCCUUCCAACCAGUUCCCCAGCCAAGCAGUCACUAUACAGCACACAAUGCUUCUCCUGCUAGACCAAUGGUUCCUCAACCAUCACCUCAGGCACCGUCUUUCCAGUUGCCUGUGCAAAAUAUGACUCCUCAGCUGGGAAGUGAGGUGUUAUCGAGGCCACAGGUUGGUGACCACAUGGGUCAACCUCCACCAGCUCAUAUAUCUGCUGUUCCCUUUGCCAGAAAUUCAACUGCCAUCUCAGUUCCUCCCAGACAUGCAACAUUUCUAGACACCAGUCCUGUUGCACCUAGGACGCCACACCUACCAAUGAGACCAAGGAACUUCAAUCCAGCCCACCAAAUGCCCAAUUUUCCCAUUCCUCUGCCCCCGAGGCCGGGAAAUCAUAUUCAAAUUCAGCAAAAUUAUCCUGCUCACUCGACUCGUCCUGAGAUGCCACAGGCUCCAAAUCAACAGUUCAGCAACAAUCUUGCAUUUGCCUCUGGUAAGCCAGCGUCUAGGCCUGGAGGACAGCAACUUUAUGAUCCGUUCUCGCCCACUUCCAUGUCUACUGCAACUCAACAGCAGGGAGGCAAUCCAGCAAAGAUGGGAAAGUAGGAGAAUCAUCCAUACUAGCGGCAAUCUUGCAUUUGCCUCUGGUAAGCCAGCUUCUAGGCCUGGAGGACAGCAACUUUAUGAUCCGUUCUUGCCCACUUCCAUGUGUACUGCAACUCAACAGCAGGGAGGCAAUCCAGCAAAGAUGGGCAAGUAGGAGAAUCAUCCAUGCUAGCGGCAUUUGUUGGCCUUGGUUGGAGAAAACUAAUUUAGGAUUUAGUGAAACAGGUAACCAAACGAGAAUUUAGUUUUUGUUAGUCUGUAGAGGUCAUAUUAAAGUGUUCUCACUGUAAUCUAAUUUCUGAUAGGAUAGAGCUUCUUUACCUUUAGAAGCAUAUUUCCUCACAUUUGUUUUACCAAUUGGUCUGUUUCCCUUCCCUUUGCCGUCUUGUGUGUCCAGUCCAGGUGCUAAAUUUGACUUGACUGAUUUUGAAUAUGUAACACAAGUAUACAAUUUUAGAGACAACAGUUUUCACUAAUAUCAUAUUUAUUCUCAACACUCUUGAAUUGA